AUGCAAGCGGAGGAAGCUGCCAACUUCCCCGAGGUAGUAUUCGACGGCGCUGAUGAUCAGCGGCCUGCGGAGCACAAGGCGGCCAAGCUCUCACCAAUGGAAGUCCAUCGCAGAAGGUUGAUAGUGGAGGACUCGCAAGAUGAUUUUGAGCCGCCAGUGCUCAUUAAGAAGGAACCUGGAAUGAUGGCUGAUCGUGAGGGGAAGAAAAAGGGUCGCAAGCUUGUGAAGAUGGGGGAGGUGACGCAGCCUGCUGGCACAUCCCAGGAGAGGCUGACUCCUCGCCAGGUUCGCAAGAAGAAGGGAUCCUUGCUGCAUCUGCCGGAUGAUGCGCCGGUAGGCGGCAAACCAUCGAUCCUGACCCGGUCGGUGAAGAAAAAAGGGAGUUGGAAGGCAAAGGGGGAUCCACCUGCUCCUUUAAUUGAGAAUCAUGAGGCGGUUUGCCUGUUGAUGGAGAAGGGGAAGUCGAUUGUAGAGGACCAUCAGGGUGACGAGCGCAUUAUCUCUGACGAGUCUCUAUCGGCGGAGGAUGAGCUCCGUUUUGUGAUCAAGAGUAGGCGGAUGCCUGCUGAUCAGGAACAACUUGUUCAGCCUGGUCAGGUGAAGAAGGUGGUGGCUGCUUUUGAGGAAGGUCUAGUCCUCAAUGAAGCUAACGGUAGCUUGGAUGCUGCGAAAGAAGAGGUGGUCCUUAAGCUAAAUGAAUAUGGCUCCAACCUUGAGGGUGGAAACCGAAAAUGGUCAAUUCAAUAG